GUUUGGAGGAAGACUCAAGCCCCGAUCAAUAAGAAUAUUCACAUGCACAUGCAGACUGCGAAUGGAGGUUCCCAGGACAUGUCUGGAUGCCUUGAGAUGCUCGAAAUCAACGUUGAUGGUAUCAAAAUGUGGGCCCAUGCCUAUGUUAUUGCUGAUGCUCCAUAUUGUUUGCUCUUAGGAUGUCCGUGGCAGCGGCUUGUUUGA